GCCCCCUGGACAUGGACUGACCGACCGUUUUGGGAAUGUGCUAGGUGGCUGUGCCUUGAGGGCAUCGUCGGCCUUUUUUCCGCCAGAGGACACUCCCGCGUUGGGGGCAGGCUGUUGCACGCGGUGUCAGCGGGCCGAGACAAGCAUGAAGUGACAUUGACAGGUGCUGCAUGCUGAAAUCUAAUGAGAAUGCACCGCCUAUGCAGGAUCUAGACCACGAAAUGAAACAAUUAUUUAAAGAGAUCCAUAUCAUUUAUUUGCCAGUAAAUAUAAUGUAUAUGAAUUUAGAAAUCUGAAGAAAAAGCUUCAGAUGGAGCAGAUUAAUAAUGACCAUUCACUUAAUGACCUAGACAGCGACAGCAGACCCACAGACAACGCGGGCAGAAAACCAAGUGAAUUAGAACACUCCUUGUCCAAAAUAACACACAAUGCUUUCGAGAACUUUGGGCAAGGUUUAAAGCAGCUUUUUCAUCACCAACGUCGCCGAUCAUCUGUCUCGCCCCAAGAUGGUCUCCACAUUCAGUCUGACCAAGAGCUCCCGAGCCCAGACACCUGUGUUCCUACUGCCGAGCUGGACUGGGAAGCUCCAGCUCAACACUCUGCCCAGAGCACUGCUCUCAACAGGGUCCUACAGCAGUUCCGUGUUGCUCCCAUGAUGAAACGGGGUGCAAGCCUGCACAGCCGGAGGAACAAAUUGGAUCUGCCGAGAGGAAGUCCGCAGAUAUCCCGCAAGUCAGCACCAGAUGGCACCGGUUCUCUUCUGCUACAGUCUGGCAGACCCCGCUCCUCCUCUACUACUGAAGCACCAACCUCCUCUUUGUUUAUGGACACCCUGGCCUUCAGUCCUCAUUCAGGAGAGGAGUUUGACCGGGUCGAACGGCUGGAAGUGAACAGUGUGGUUGCUUCGAGCUCAGAUGGCGGGAUUAGUGUGGAUAGCCUGGAUGGUGCACUGGACCCCCAGAGGACAAGAGCUGCCAUUACUCACCUGCAGCAGAAGGUACUGAAGCUCACGGAGCAGCUGAAGGUGGAGCAGACAGCCCGAGAUGACAAUGUGGCAGAGUACCUCAAGCUGGCCAACAACGCUGACAGGCAGCAAGGGGCUCGCAUCAAACAAGUCUUCGAGAAGAAGAACCAGAAGUCGGCGCAGACUAUCCUGCAGCUGCAGCGCAAGCUGGAGCAGUGCCACCGCAAGUUGCGCGAGAUCGAGCAUAAUGGCAUGCCACGGCAGCCCAAAGACGUACUCCGGGAUAUGCAGCAGGGCCUGAGGGGUGUGGGGGCCAGGGUGACAGGUUUCAGUGAGGGCGUCGUGGGCAGUGUGCGGGGGGGUCUCUCCAGCUUCUCCCAAGCCACCCACUCAGCUGCGGGUGCCGUGGUUUCCAAGCCACGGGAGAUAGCGUCCCUCCUUCGCAACAGGUUUGGCAGUGUGGACAACAUCCCCACCCUUAAGGACUCGCUGGAUGAAGCGCAGGCAGAAGAGUGCCUCAAGGGCCUAGAAAUCUGUGGCAACCUGCAAUCCAGCCUCAAAUAUGGCAGCGAGGAGGAAUGCUCAAGUGGCACAUCAGGGUCUGCUGCUAACAGUGUGUCAGGGACACCCCUGGAAUCUACCACCUCCAAAACCAACACACUGGACUUUGCCUGCUCAGGCUUUGCAGGGAUAUUCCAAGAACUGCAGCAAGUGAAGGAGACACAGGCCCAGCUGGAAGAAUCAUUUGACACUUUGAAGUCUCAUUAUCAGAGGGAUUAUACAUUAAUGUUACGGACUCUGCAGGAAGAAAGAUACAGCGCUGGGAAAACUGAAAAAUACCAUGCCUGUGGUUGUUAAGUCGGAGUCCGAAACCAGGUGGAGUGCAAGGACAGAAGAAGGAAAGCCCGUCAAUAAGUACCUUGAGGAGAUACUUCAAGUUCUCCAGGACACGAUAGACAAUGAAAACGAGACCAGUGAAACAAGAAGUGAUGCAAGGCAGCUGUACAACUGCAUGUUGAGUUACGAUUUUCUGAUUUUGCUAGGAUUUUGGAACAAAGUACUCAUUCGCAUUGACUGUAUUCAAAAGAGGCUGCAGGAUCCUAGCAUGAACUUCCAUGAUGCUGCCCUGGAUUUGAAAGCCCUCCGAGGUCAUUUUUAUGAUGAAAGAGUGGUGUUGGUCAGUGUGUCACUCAAAGAAGAAGUGGGUCUCUGUCAAGCAUGGAAUAUUAAAGUUGAAAGAUGUCAAAAGCGAAAGAAAUGAAUUGCUGAUGAGAAUUUGAGAGACGCUGGGUUAACAGCUAAGGAGGAAAUGGAAAGAGUCAUGAAGGGAACACUAGACUGUCUUUGCGGAGAAAUGGAUGAAAGGUUCACUCAUUUGCACGACACUGACGCCAAGUUUAGGCUCCUUCUCGAUGUCGAGGGACUGUGUUACGGCAGCGAUAGUACCAACCUAAAGAAGUAUGAAAAUUUGGGCGAAUUGUAUAGCUCUGAUGUUGAUGGACAGCAGCUAUAUGAAGAAAUUUUGGAUUGCAGAAUGUUGCUAUCAAGGCGGGUCAACAUGAAAAUAUCAAGACCUGAAGAGCUUCUUGAAUUUAUUGUUCACUAUGGAGAUGAGAGCGUCUUCCCCAAUCUUUGCAUUGCUAUUCAAAUAAUGCUAACCAUUGCAGUUUCCAUCGCCAGCUAUGAGAGAUCAUUCAGCAAGUUAAAACUAAUAUUUUCAUAUUUGAGAGCCUCCAUGGGUCAAGGCAGACUCUGUGAUCUUGCUCUGCUGAGUGUAGAAAGAGAAGAAACUGAAAAAACUAUGAUCACAUCAUAGACCAAUUUGCAUCAGUGAAAGCAGGAAGGUGCAGUUAUAAUUUUCAUGUAGUGCCAUAAUUUGUUAAUUAAAAGAUUAACGAGCUUGACUUGUAUUUUUGAGCUGAUAUUAUGAUAAAAUUAUCUAAAAGAUGGGUGUCAGAUAUUUGGACAGGGGCGCAGUUUCAGUGCUUGCCAUAGGUGCUAUUUUCCAUAGAUAUGCCCCUGGUGCUGCAUAUGUUUAACCAAUUAUCUUCUGUCAAUUUUAUGUUGGCUUCUUUCUCCCACUUUGAUUUAACAUACAUUGUGGAGAGAAUGUAAAAUCGAGUAAAUCCUGGUUAUCAGUUUCUUUUUAAUAUUACCUUUAUACACAUCAAUGAAUAUAUUAAUCAGACUUAACCCUUUCUCUCCAAUAGUUUUAAUAUUUUUAUUGAAAUAUUGUCUUAGUUGAAGAUAUCUAAAGAAGUGUUGUUUCUCUAAGUGGUAUGUUUCUAUGAGUUGUUGAAAGGACUCCAAACCCUUAAUGGAGGAUAUUGUACAGUAUCAGGUAAUUCCCUUACUUGUCCAAUGUGUAAAUUUACCAUCCAAUUGUGGUGGAAGGAAUUCUUGUGUAAUGUGCCACCCAACCUAGUAUUCUUACGUUUCUUUCAAAUUUUGGGUCUUUAAAUUCUUUAUACCAGAUGUUCAGAGGGACUGUUGUCCACUUACUCAGUUUAUUUAAAUGCUUCUUUUGGAGUGUUUUAUCCCCCAGUAAAGAUUGGAGAGGGAUAUUUAUUAGACUUUGUUCUAAAUCCUUCCACUUUGCAUCACAAUUAGGGUCACACCAACAGACCAGACUGCGCAGCUGAGCUGCUCUAUAAUAGUCUUCAAAGCAUGGCACAGCAAAUCCAUCUUUAUCCUUAGGCAGCUGCAAUGUCUGAAAUCUAAUUCUUGGUUUCUGUUUUCCCCAAAUAAAUGUUGAAAUCAUUCUUUUCCAUUCAUUAAAUUGCUUAAAAGGUACUUCAACAGGCAAUGAUUGUAAAAGAAACAGCAGUCUAGGUAAUACAUUCAUCUUUAUGGCUUCUAUUCGAUUAUACAUAUUCAUUGGCAGCAAUGAUCAUCUAUUUAAGUGUGCCUUAAUAUCAGCUGUUAUGGGAAUAUAAUUAUGUUCAUAGAUAGUAGACAAGUCUUCAGGUAUUUGCACUCUUAGGUAUUAAUAUUACCUUUCCAUUUGAAUUUACUCAUUCUGUAAAUAUUUUCUUGUGGUUCAUAAUUAAAAUUUAAAGUUUGGGUUUUUUGUAAAUUUAAUUUGUAGCCAGAGUUGGAACCAAAAUCUUUCAGCGGGGAUAAUAAUUUAUGCAAACCUGCAUUGGGACUGGUAAGAGUCACGAGAAUGUCAUCCACAUACAAACAAAUCUUACGUUCUGUAUCUCUGAUCAGAACACCUGUUAAAAUCUUGUUUUCUCUAAUUGCCUGGGCCAAUGGCUCGAUAAAAAGAGCGAAAAGCGUGGGGCUUAGGGCAGGGGUCACCAACCUUUUUUUGUACCACGGACCGGUUUAAUAUUGACAAUAUUCUUGCUGACUGGCUGAUGGGGCGGGUGACAGUGUUAAUCACGACCGGAAUAUAGGACCUACAUUAUAGGUGAUAAAUCAAUUAUAAGUCACUUAUAAGUGGCUAAUACACUCAAUUUAAUUUCUAAAAGGGUUUAUUUAAUUAACUUAAUAUUAAACACAGCGCAUAUUUUCCUUGCAUGAAUAUAGUGAUAAGUCAGUUAUAACUUACCUAUAAAUAAAUAGCAUCAUAACAUUUUAAGUAACGUUUGGAUCUUAAACUCAGCGCAUAAUUUCCUCGUAUGAACAUAUAAAAUCAUUGUGACACACCAGUGAGAGGACAAGGUAAGGGCUGGAGUUCCCCGUACCAGGGCUGCGGCAGUCACAGUCCGGAGAGAGCGACCGACUGAGCGAGGAGUGUGACAGGGCACGUGCCUGCCCCUCUUGUAGGUAGGUAGGAUCUAUUGGUCAACAAAAGUUUGGCUGGAGGGAUGACUUUCAGUAGAUCACAGCAAGUUAGCUGUUCUGCUACUUAUGAAACCCUGAGCCUAAAUUAGGUCAUUUGCGAAUAUUUUAGCACCGAGUUCCCCACGAACAUUCGGUGUCCUAAACGGGUUCAGAGGCGGCACCCAUCUGUCCGCGCUCCAGACCAGUAGCUACGGCACCUCUCACCAGCCGUGUGAGGCAGCUGGUUACCCGAGACCAACCAGUUAUCCCUGGCGCAAGGGUAUCACUGCGUUUAGGCAACUGGGGACUUUGCAUGGGUAAUGACUUUGUGUGCGUAAUGACCUCGCAUGCGUUCAAGUUCAACAGUGUGCGUGACAGGAAAUGAGGAAAGGUGCAGCUGAUUCAUAUCGCCAAAUCAUAUGGUUUCCUUGCGGCCCGGUAGCACAUGCUUGGGUAGCCCGGUGGUUGGGGACCACUGGCUUUAGGGGUCAUCCUUGUCGACAUCCCCUUUCAAGAAAUAUUGUUUUAGAUAAAUUCCCAUUUAUUUUAAUUCUGGCUGUAGGGGAAGAAUGUAAAGAUUUCAGACAUCCAACUACCUGAUUAUUAAAGCCAAACCGCUUAAGUACCAAAUAAAGAUAUUUCCAUCGUACCAAGUCAAAGGCCUUUUCAGCAUCAAGGCUAAUAACUAGAGAUUCCAGGUUAUUUUUGAUCAUAUGGACAAUGAGAUGAAGGGCUCAUCUCAUAUUGUCCUGGAUUUGCCUACUUUUUUACAAAACCUGUUUGAUCUGUGUCAAUUAGAGCUGGAAUUAUAUUUUCCAAUCUUUUUACUAAUAUUGAUGCAAAUAAUCAAUGUUUAGAACAGAUAUUGGGCCUAUAGGAACUGCAUUCAGUCUGAUCCUUACCACUUUUAGGAAAAUACUGAAAUUAUUGCUUGAUUCCAGGACAAUGGAGUCUCCCCUCCUCCGAGAACAUAAUUAAAACAUUCCUUAUGUAUUGGUAUUAUUAUCUCUGACAGUUUUGUAACAUUCUGCUGGAUAGCCAUCAGCACCUGAGAUUUUAUUUGUUUUUAAUACUGAUAUAGCUUGACCUAUUUUUUCUGUUAUCUCCUGAGUUAUUAGUUUAUUUUGCUCCAUUCCUACAGAUGGUAAAUCUAAGGAUGUUAAGAAAUUAGAUAUGUCUGCUAACUCUGCUGCUUUGGGUUGAAUGUAUAACAUUGUGUAGUAUGUUUCAAAAGAUUUUUGAAUGUCUUCCAAUUUGUGAAGCAUCUUAUUAAUCUGGGGGUCUUUCACCCUUUGUAUAGAUCUCUCAGCCUAUUGUUUACAUAUUCUACAUGCAAGUAAUUUCUUAGAUUUGGGACCAUUCUCAUAGAAAUUUUGUUUAACAAACUUAGCUCCCCUCAACUUUCAUAAAUAUUAUUUAGAGUUCGUUUUGUAUCCAAAAUUUGAUUCAAGACGUUACUGUUAUCAUACUCCAUAAGCUUACUCUCCAAAAAUUGUAGUUUUUCAGUAAGAUCCUUCUUGAUUUGUUUCUCUUUUUCCUUUUUCUUCUGAGCUGACAACUUUGAGUUUACUCCUAAUAACAGCUUUUGCAGCAUCCCAUGGUGCGCUUAUCAUUAUAUAUAUUAUAUACAAUAUAUUAUAAUGUAUAUUAAUAUUAUAUAAUAGAUAUUAAUAUAUUAAUAAUAUGUAUUAUACAGUUCUAUUAUCAUUAUAUAUCAUAUAAUCUUCAAAAUCUUUCUUUAGGUAUUUUAAACAUAGGGGAUCAUUCAAAAGACUGGUAUUAAGUCUCCUCAAGGUAUCUUUUGGUUUGUUGUCUAAAUGUAAUGUUAAGUAAACCCCUGCGUGGUCAGAGAUGUGUCUUACCCCUAUAUCAUAUUUUAUAAUCUUGUGUCUCUCUGAAUUGAAUGUAGAAAACAUAAUCUAUUCUCAAGUACAUGGAGUGGAGGUGAGGAAAAAAGGUGAACCGUCUAUCAAGUGGGUGUAACUCUCUCCAUAUAUCUAUCAUGCCCAUUUCUUUGAGCAGUUUCUUGACAUGUAAUGUUUCCAGAUUUAUCUUUUUUGUUCUAUUUGAGGAUUCCAGGGCAGGAUGUAAUUGAAUAUUCCAGUCCCCCCCCCCCACAUAUUACCACACCAGAUGUUUCCAUAGAUAUCAUAUUAAAAACCUUCUUAAUCAGCUGUUUAUCAUUUGCUGGUGGUUUGUAAACAUUCAGUAGUGUAAUUUCUUUAAAACCCUUCACCAGUAAAUAACGCCCUUCUUUGUCUGUAAUCUGUGAGGAAAACUGGAAAUUUGCUUUAUUUGAGAUUGAUAUUGCAAUUCCCUCUCAAGAGAAAUAACAAUUUUUAAAUCCCAUUUUGCAUAACUUCUCAUGUUCAAUCUUUGAAAGGUGAGUUUCUUGCCAAAAAAUUAUAUCUUGUUUUUCUCUCUUCAUUUUAGCUGUAGCCUUACUCCUUUUGAUUGGGUUCUGUAACCCAUUCACAUUAACGGUGAUUACUGUGUAUUCUUAAUGCGGCAUUCCACACCAAUAAAAAAAAGGGUUUAUAUAAAUAGUUAAAUAUUACUAGAUGACCUAAACAAAUGAAUUUUUGUCUGUACAACAAACUAACAUUUAACGUAUAAACAAAACAUAUAACAUCUGUGACUUCCAUCUUUGUAGUUUAAACUAAACUUCUAAGUCGGGGGGGAAGUGCUUAAACCCGAAGGGGCCCCUCCUAGUGCAGGUUGAUGUCUCUGAAUAAUUGAAAUCAGGACAGUGCACAAAAAAACACAAAAUCAAACAUCAGCUCCCAGGUUUGUGGUCAGUUAGUAAUAAGAGCUUACAGAGAAAAAAUUGUUUAUUUUCUAUUUUUAAGUUCUUAAUACAAAGUCAAUUAUAGUUUGGUGUUAGGGUACAUGUGAUUUUUCCGACCUGGCUGAAGGAUAUUUUAUCACUAUACUUUUGAGAGCUCUCAUGCAGUAUCUUCGUUGUGUCAAAAUUCCUUUAGUUGUUCUGGAUAUGUUUCAGACAUGUUUCUCGGUCCUGGUGGGAUUUUGCACCAGUUGUCUCCCAGGAAAGUUGUCUCAGUUUUGUUGUGCCUUCCGCGGGGGCAAUGAUCCUGGGACAGUCUGGAAAAAUCACCUGUUCUUUAGGUUGUCCAUCGCCUCCGAUGUGUUAUUGUAGAUGACUCGUCCAGUGUCAAGAAACACUCGAAGUUUGGCUGGGUAAAGAGUCUGGAACCGGAGCCCCUUUCCUUUAAGCGUCUUUCUGAUGGUGGAGUAAGCCUUUCUUUUUAUAAGUAUUUCGGUCGGGUAGUCUUGAUCAAAAAAUAUUCUUUUCCUGUCGUAAUAAAUCUCUUGUUUUUUUGAAGCAGAGCUUUAAUUUUAUAUUCCAGAAAGAAGAUGACCCCAGAUCUUGGGUUGGAACCUUGCGGUAGUUUGGGUCCAAGAGAUCGAUGGCAGUGUUGUAUGCUGAGAGAGGCACCAGGAAGGGACAACUUUGUUUUAAUAAAUUUUUCCAGAAAUUCUUGUACGUUGU